AUGCAAACUCGUGUGCACCCUUCCCAUAAGACACUUGGCGUUCUCUUCACGUCUCUGUUCUCCCGUUUCCUCCUCUCCCCAUUAUUAGCCUUAUUACCUUUACCAGUUUGUAGACGUCCAAGAGUGCAACUCCGAUCGAGAAACCUCAUGGAGAAACAAGAUCUGGACUUCGUCCUCGUCCCUCUUGGCCUCUUAUCAUUGGUAGCCUACCAUCUAUGGCUCCUCUACCGGAUCACCCGGCAUCCCACCACCACUGUCAUCGGCAUCAACGCCAUCAAUCGCCGCAUUUGGGUUCAAACGAUGAUGGAGGAUCCUGCAAAGAACGGAGUGUUGGCAGUCCAGACUCUGCGGAACAACAUAAUGGCGUCGACGCUGUUGGCGUCGACGGCGAUCAUGCUCAGCUCGCUGAUCGUCGUGCUGAUGACAAACGGCGGUAGCAGCAGCCGCCUCCGGGGCCGGGGCUUCGUGGUCGGCGACACGAGCGACCUGGGGCUCUCCAUCAAGUUCUUCUCCAUCCUGGUGUGCUUCCUGCUCGCCUUCCUCCUCAACGUGCAGUCGAUCCGGUACUACAGCCACGCGGGGAUCCUCGUCAACGUGCCCGUGAAGAGCCACCGGGCGGCGCCGGCGCUGGCGGCGGAGUUCGUGGCCAGGGCGUUGAACCGGGGGAGCUAUUUCUGGUCGCUUGGGUUGAGAGCCUUCUACUUCUCCUUCCCGUUGUUCCUGUGGGUGUUCGGGCCCAUUCCUAUGGCGUCUUGCUGCUUCGUGCUGGUGGUCAUGCUCUAUUUCCUGGAUGUGUAUUCCGGGUGGGGCGAGGAGAGGGCGGAAGAAGAGAUGGAGGGAUGGGUGGGUAGGGUGACCGUGCAUGGGGAUUGCUGAGGGGAAGACGGUGGCCCACCCAACCUGAAUCAAGAUCUGGGCUCAAUUCCUCGUUGAAUCAUGUUGUCGCUGGAUUUGAUGUGUCAGCAGCUGCCGUCGUAAAAUGCUGCAUAGAUUUUGGCUGAAUUCAUGGAUCGAAUGUGCACACCAUCAUGCAAUAAUAAGAUUGGAUUCGUGACA